UAAUAAAUAUAUUUUUUAGACGCUACACAUGUUAUACAUCAUUGGAAAGCUACGAUUCUUGUGCUUGUAGAUAUGUAAACCAUUUCAAGAUCGAGUCACAACAACAAGUUUAGUCAACGUCUUUGUCCAGUCACCACUUUGGUGUUGUUUACAAAGCCAAACUCUCUACUUACCCUCAAAGGUUCCGUGUCGUCCUGGUAUGCAAACAACACAUCAAAACUUGAUCUGCGUACAUUCCCAAGGGUUCAAAGUAUCUAACCAUGUAAAGUAAUUCGUCCAAAUACAAUGUUUUACGUUCAUGAAUAGCCAUUAUCCUUUGUUUCAUCAUGCAAGUUAGCCGACGGAAGAAACAACUUGUUCACAUAAAAGUGCACCUUUCUCCGGUUAGCAACGGUCUAUUUACUAUCCAAAGGCAUCAAAAUGUCCGCUGAACCCUCCCCUUUUGAUUGACACCAAGAUUGACCCAAUCGGAGCUUCCAUUGCCUGUCCAAGGCCUUCAACAGCCAAGCAACGACUCAUCUGAAUUGAUGGCCCAUCACACCCCCACCUGGGUUUUCUUUGUUUGAAGCUCAGCCCAAUCAAAACCAAUCUUGGAAAUGACUGACACGUCUUUUAGCCAAUCACAUUCUGAAAACAAUGAUAUGGGACUUCCCAGGUAAGUGAAAACAUUGAAAAGCUGUACUCUCUGCGUAAAUAGCUGCAUAUGUUCAUGCGUUGUGCGCGCUGUUGGAACGGAGAUUAUUGACGCAGUUGGUUAUCGAUUUCAUCAUGGCAAAGAAGACACAGAAAACGAAGUAUUGUCUCACAGAAGUUUUGGAAGAAGUAACUGGACAUGAUAGUGAUUUAUCAGACAAUGUAUCCGAGGAAAACACAGAUUUUUCUGACUUUGAUUCAGAAGCUGAGGAUUUAUAUCAGGAAGGAGGAGAUAUUACCUUGGAUAAGAAAACAUCUGAUGAGGACUACGAGCCGGAUAUUCCUGCUCAAGUCAGCAAGCGGCCCCGUACAGCAGCAGGACAGGAGGACAGCAGCAGCUCAUCCAGUGAUGAGCCUCAAACUCCCCAGAGAGGUUCUGCCAGCAGGAGAAGGCCAAGAGGAAGAGGAAGAGGAAGGGGAAGGGGGAGAGGCAGCAGCAGAACCAAAGCUGGAGCGUCAACAAGCCCAUCUGGAGAGAGAUGGAAUGAUGUUGACAUUCCUGACAUAACACCACCUCAGCCUACUUUCAGGCCGACGAACCCACCUGGACCCCAGCUAAUUCGGACAGCGACCUACACAGCCCUGCAGCUUUUCCAACUUUUUUGGACAAACUCGGUAUUACAAACUAUCCUUCUAAACACCAAUGAGUUUGGCUUGACUCACCACUCCACACCCACUCACCCCUGGAUUGAUCUGACAUUGCAGGACAUGUUUACCUUCAUUUCCAUGGUCAUCUACAUGGGUCUAGUAAAAUGCUCUACAUUUACUGAUUACUGGCGAAAGGACAAACUGCACAGCUUCCCUUUCCCAAAACAGGUAAUAACCGGGAAGAAGUUCCUCCGAAUCUCCAGAUCUCUUCAUCUGAGUAGCAUGGCGGACGAUGCUACUAAUGAGCAGAGGAGAGGCACAGCAGCCUUCAACCGUCUUUGCAAGAUCAACCCAGUUUACCAGGAGAUAAGAGAAGCAUGCAAAAGGAACUAUCACCCAGGCCAGGAUAUUGCCAUUGACGAGAGGAUGGUUGCCUCUAAAGCUCGCAUUGGCCUAAAACAAUAUAUGAAAAAUAAGCCUGUUCGCUGGGGAUACAAACUGUUUGUUCUGGCUGACUCGAAGAGCGGUUACACAUGGGACUUUUUUGUGUAUGAAGGAAAGCUCCAAGGAAACACUGGCAAGGGUCUCAGCUAUGAAUCAGUGAUGGAGCUAAUAGACACACAGUUGCUGGGCACCGGGUACAAACUCUUUGUUGACAAUUUCUACACAAGUCCCACCCUUUUCCGAGACCUCCUUCAGAAGAGGAUCUGGGCAUGCGGAACCAUCCGCACAAACAGAAUUGGAUUCCCGAAAACAAAAGAAAACAGUUUGGACUCAAAAUCUCCCCGCGGCAGCAUUCGCUGGAUAAGGAACGACCCCCUCCUCUUUGUCCAGUGGCGAGACACAAGGGACGUCUUCCUGUGUUCAACGCUCCACACAGCACAUGCACAGGACACGGUGCAGAGGAGGGUCAAAGGUGCAGAUCAGCGCUGGAUACUGAAAGACAUCCCAGUUCCGCCAGUGGUAAAGAACUACAACCAGUGCAUGGGUGGAGUGGACCUCUCCGAUGCACUGAUCGGAUACUAUAAAGUACUCCACAAGACCCAGAGAUGGUACAAGACCUUCUUUUAUCAUUUCCUGGACAUUGGGAUUGUGAACGCCUUCCUCCUUCACAAAGACAUUGCAAAAGGAAAAGGACAGGUACCUCUGACCCAGAAGGCCUUCAGAGAGACCCUUGCUGUUGAACUGGCAGAGUUGGGGCCUCAACCCUUACCCGGUCCCUCAUCUUCCAUCGUGACUCAACCCACAGCUAGUCACAGGCCAGUGCAUAUCAGUGGAGACAGCACCGCUGGUCGGCAGAGGUGCAAACACUGUGGUUUACUGACACCAGUGAAGUGUUCAACCUGCAAUGUAGCUUUGUGCUUUGUCCCCAAACGUGACUGCUACAAUAACUGGCAUGUUGCCAAAAACAUUUUGUGAAAUUGUCAAUAAUUAGUGUCAACAAUUCACUGUUUGUAAAUAGUUUGGUGUGUUUUUCUUAUAUAAACUAGUUUUUCCACAAUAGCUCUUGUUUUGACUCUUUUAUUUGCACAAAGUUUAGUUUGAAGAAGGUAAAAAGCACUCUUAUGCCUCAGUUACUCUGUUUCAACAACACUAAUGGUGAAUCUGAAUAUGGAAUAUGAUAGAUCUGAGUGUCACCUUUCAUUAGA